AUGGCACAGCUUUGGCCAGCUUCGCACAAAGCUGAUCAUCAAAUGACAAUCGCCUGGAUAUUCCACUCAGCCAUUUCGAUUUAUCUGUCUGGUGUUUAUGACUACGAUCAAAUCUGGAACAAAUGGCAUAUAACGACUCCCAGCCUCUGCCAGGUCGAAGUUGAUGAAUACGUCAGUAAGAUUCUGGAAGGCACAUCGCUUGCGUUACAAGAGACAAAUGUCACUGCGUUGGUUUUCCUCUUCCCACUUCGCAUUGCGGGUGCUCGGUCCAAGACGAUUCGGCAACAAAAGCAAAUUCGGUAUUUACUAGCUCAAAUCAGCUCCAGCUUCAGAGUUGCGAAUGCGAUUUCCUCGGACCUCGGAGCGGUAUGGGCGAAGCAGGCAUUCAAUGCGAUCACUCCAACAUGA